AUGCAUCCGUAUGGCCUCUCUCCAGACCUCACAAUCAAGGUUUUCUCUAUGCUUGAUACACGAAGCGUAUUCUGUGCUGCAGCUACCUGUUCGUUUUUUCAGAAGUGCGCCAUAGAUCCUUUGUGUUAUAUUAAUAUUGAGUUGGGUACUUUAGAAUCGAAGAUCAAACCCAACAAAGACCCCAAGACCAAAGAUGCUAUGGUAUCUACAAUCAUUCAACGAGCUGGAAGUGCGAUUCAGUCUAUUAAGCUUGAUAUAAAGUGGCCUUAUAUCAGCGAAGCUGAUGAUGAUGAGCAGUGGGAAUAUAUGGAGGGCCCACCUUUCUUAACAGGCUGUUGCUUGAGUUCAUUGUGUGCGAAUGGUGGUGUAGCUGGGACAAUUAAGGAAACACUUUCUGAGGCACUUUCUGCAUCUUUGUCGGUUUGCCAUUCUCUUGUCCAACUAAAAAUUGUGGACAUGAAUGCUCAUAUCAGUCAUACAAUGGAGUCCGUGAGUAGACAUUGUCGCUUGCUAGAGCUUUUUAUCUUCAAAUUUUGCGGAGGCCCACCUGAUAUGUUAGAAACCUCGGUGUGCAAAGAAUUUGUGGUCAACUGCCCUAAGAUAACCACUUUGGCAGUGCAAACAUGCAUACUGUUUCCUUGUGUAGCUUUCGAGCUGGUGAAGGGGUUUAACGAGUUAAAAUAUGUCGACUUCACAAAUUGUUUCUCACUCACUGGUGCCUUUUUAGAGGACCUUGCCACGGAAGGUGGUGGAAAUAGUUUGGAGGUGAUGAUUUUAAAGGGGUUGUAUAGUCUUGAUAAAGUGGGAGUUGAGAAGUUUAUGGAAGCUCUUGUUGCAGGAAAGUGCAGGCAACUAAGACAUCUGGUUAAUUUCCACAUAUUUUUUGUUUUCGGUGGUACUUAUCCGUUAUAUUCUUGA